AUGAAUACAGUACUACCUAUCUAAGGGAAAACAAAAUAAUAUGAUGAAGUGAAGUCUAUUGAUACUGAGUCCUAAAGUAACCAGAGAAGUACUAUUUUGAAAUCUGAAAAAAGCUAAAAUAAAAAAUGGUCUAAGAAAAGAAAAUAUGCAUGUGUAGCUAUUUCUUUAGCAGUAAUUCUUUGCAUAGCUGGAGUUGCUACCUUUUGUGCUAUCUAUUUUAAGGACCAUUCAAAAAUUGAAGGAAGAAUAGUCAAGUCAGGCUCUGCAGAAGUUAAUGGAUAAUAAAUAAAAUAUCACUAAAUUGACCUUAAUUUAACUUUUAAGGACUCUACUUAAUCCAAAGUUACUUUCUUCUCUACACAAUAAAAAAAAUAAACUACUAACAUACAGAAAAACCAAGAAAGUUAAGGUUAAGAAAAGGAAAUUGAAUAAACUUGCUAUACUGCUAAAAUGGAAGGAUAGGACUAAACUUACAGAUUCUGUAAUCAGUAAUAGGUAGAAGACCCUAAUAAAUUUUAUUAUGAAACCUUUUUUAAUGCAGAUGAUUUAAUUUAAUAAUUAAAUUAAAAUGAUAAAUAAGAUUCAAAUUCUAGAAAUCUUUAGCAAUAAGAUCAAGAUGGCUCAAAAUUUAUCAUAUAUGAAGAAGAUGGUAAAGUAAAAAUCUUUAAUUAACAAAUUCAUGACUUGAAUAACUAAUUGAGUGACUAAGGUCUUUAAUUAGAAUACCAAUAUCUAGAAGAAGCUAAUGUAAAAUAAUAGCAAGAAACUGUUUACAAUAGUAAUUAAAGUAGAACAUUUUCCUUGCAAGUAGAAAAUUUGGAAAAUCCUUACAAAAUAGAGUAAAAUUCUGAUGAUAAAUAAACUAUUGAUUCUAAAAAUAAAAGAAUCCUUUUUUCUCUUAAAAAAGUAGUAAAACAUGUAGUAAGUGCAGUCUAAAAAUGUGGGCCUAUAAUAGGAGCUGCAGUAGGAGCAAUAGCAGGAGGUAUUGUUGCUUUUCCUGAAGGAAUAAUUGCAGGUGCUUAAAUUGGGUAUGAAAUAGGAAGUUAUGCUUAAGCAGCUGCCAAAACUUGUUUACCAAAAAACUCAAGUGGUAAUGUUACUUUUCAUUGUGAUGCAAAGUAAGGUAUUAAGGAAGGUUUGAUUAUAGCAGGAGGAAAAAUAGCUAAGUAAGCAAUCCCAAAAAAUUUUACCAGUCGAAUUUCCGCAAAAAUUUUUGGAUUUAGAAGAAAGUGA